AUGAGUGACAAGCGUCAGAGAGUAAACUUCAGUGUCGGGAUCAGUCGGCAGCAGACCGUGUUGACUCCAGCUGAAAAAGAAAUUGAAAAAUGCGUCUUUGCUCUGCUCUUUUCUACAGUCAGCGGUAUGGACACUGUUAUCGGCCAGUUCGGGGAAACACUCGAAAUCCCGUGCAACAAUGGAGCCGUGAAAGCCGAUGAGGCCAUCAUGACUAAAUGGAAAUACGACAAAGGGGAGGGACUUGUAGGAGACCUGCUGGUCAAGCAGAUUGGCCAGAACACUUCAGUCAAAGCCACUGACGACUACAAGGACCGUGUCACCAUGGCCGCAAACUUCAGCCUCCUGCUCUCUGAGGUCAGGCUGAGCGACCAGGGGACCUUCACCUGCAUGGUGGUGGCUGGUUCCAACAUCCCAGAAUACCCUGUGAACGUGGUGAUCAACAAGACGCCAGCAGAACUGGAGAUUUCCGACAAGGCCGAGGAACUGGAGAUUGGCAAACUUACCAAGUUAGCAAAAUGUGUCGCUCCCGAUGCCAAUCCAGCUGCAUCCAUUAAAUGGUUCAAGAACAACAAACCCCUGGUGGCUGAUGGGAAAGGGAUUUCCAUCCAGGCGUCGGUGCUGGUCGACCCGGUUACUGGCCUCUCGACCACGUCCUCCGUGCUGGAGUUCUCGGCCGAAAAGGAAGACACAGACGCUGUGUUCACCUGCAGCACUGUGCACGUCGCGGGUGAACUGGUUUCCUCUCCCGUGACCUUCACCAUCACCUACUCCACAGAGAACAUCGUCCUCAAGGUGAUUGCUCAGGACCCGCUCGUGGAAGGAGACAAUGUGACUCUGAAGUGUAUUGCAGAUGGUAACCCGGCUCCGACCAGCUUUAACUUCCACCUCAAGGGAGAAACGGUCAAAGUGGAAGAUGCUGAUACUUACACCAUCACCAACGUCUCACGUGACACCGCCGGUGAAUACAAAUGCUCCCUCGUCAACAACCCCUCGCUGGAAGCAUCUGAGAACGUCACCGUCAACUACCUAAACAUCAAUUUAAGCCCCUCUGGGAAUAUCGUCCAGAGCGCUGAGGAGGCCUUAAAUCUAACGCUCCAGAUUGAUGCAUCAGGAAAAUCAAUGGUGUCCUGGACAAAGGAUAAUGUUAAACUGAACAAAGAGCCCAAGUUUACCAAGCUGACCUACUCUGACUCAGGCCUCUAUGAGUGCACGGUGAAGAUGGGACACCUGAGCCAAAAAGCUUCCUUUGAGCUGCUUGUUAAAGGUGCUGCGGUGAUCACAAAGUUGUCCAACCAGCUCGGCGAAGACGGCCAGCACAAGGUCCUGAUCUGUGAAGCUGAAGGUGCCCCGAAGCCGGCCGUGUCCUGGAGCAUCAACGGCACCUCGCCCGAGGAGAGUCAAUUCGUCAACGGAAAGAUUACACACAAGAUCACAGUUGUGCCCUCUGCAAAUCUAACUGUGUCUUGCACAGUGAUCAAUGAGUUUGGCGUGGAUACCAGGUCUAUAAAUGUGUCAUCCUUAUUUGUGGAGGUGAGAAUGGAUAAACAAGAUCAAUCGGAGGACAGUGACCAAACCAAGUUGGUGGUUGGAGUCGUAGUCGGUCUCCUCGUCGCCACCCUCAUCAUCGGCCUGGCAUACCUGGUGUACCGGAAGAAAUCCAAGCAGGGCAGCUGGAAGACCGGCGAGAAGGAGGACGGUAACUCUGAGGAGGAGAAGAAGCUGGAGGAGAAAGUGGAGGAGAACAGCCAGAAAGCUGAGGUGUAAAGAAAGAGCAUCCUGUGGGAAUGUGAAAGUGAGAACGUGGAACUUUUGCACAUUUCACUUCACCUCUGUCUUUGGAAGAAAAAAACGAAAAGAUAAACACACUUGUACAUUGGGAUGAAGAUGGUUUGGAUUUGGUUUCAGGGAGAAUUUUACUCAACAGCAUAUCCAAACACCCCCACCCCUCCACUCCCCUUAAAAAACAAAAAAAGAAAAGAAAAGAAAAAAGAAAUGAAUGGAAACUGUAUGUGAUUAUACAUAACUCGUCUGCACUACUGAUACAUGUGUAAACUCGUCUACUAUUAGGAUUCAUGUUUGUUAGAAAGGAACCUUUGGGAAACUAAGAAAAUUCAAAUCUUUUUUGGUUUAUUAGUGGAUGCAAGUAAAAUGACUUCUAGACCAGUUGCCUUUUGCUGUUGAGGACUUGUAGGCCGGCUUUCCUCCACGUUUAACUCCCUUUGGCCCUCGGAGACACAGCAGGGGGCCGAGGGGACG